AUGGCAAAGGCCCCUUGUUCCACUCUCUGGUGGGCAGGGACACUUGCUCUCUUUUACUUCACUCUCAUCGCGUUUGGAUCUGCGUUGUCUUUGUCUGCUGAUUCUCCGAUCAAGGCAGCUUUGGUGGCUUUGGUUAAGGAUAACGACAUCAACGCUACGCUUUUCAGCAUCAAGCAGUUCGAUGACAAGUUUAACAACGACUAUCUCCAUGAUUGGGUCUUCUUCAGUAUCCAGGAUCUCCCAGAGGCUUUCAAGGAUUCGGUUUCCAACGCUACCAACGCAACUUGCAUCUUCGAGGUCAUUCCCGAAGAGAACUGGAACGACCCAAGAUGGGUUGAUUCGUUCCAGCAUUCCAUGUCUCAGGAUGCCAGCCUGGAUAAAAGCUCUGCAACCCUCAAGACUAUCGCCAAUAUCCACCAGAUGAACCGAUGGAUCUCGGCUCCCUUUGCCAAAGAGCAACGCCUCCAGGACUAUGAAUGGUUUCUCAAAGUUGAUCCAGGCGCUCAGCUAGCCCAAAACAUCCCUUUCGAUGUCUUUCGCUUUAUGCGGGACAAUGGCAUCGCCUACGGGUCUAGCCGAGCUUUUUUUGGUCAGGCCAAUCUGUCUCGGCUCUCUCCCCGAAUCAAGUCCUUCUUUGAGAAACAUCCGGAGCUGCUCCACAGGGAAGCCGAUGUCGCAUGGCUUAUUGAGAACGUCACAGGCCUCCUCAUGAAAUCUGGCCCACUGGAUGACGGUUUUGAAGACUUGGUUGACGAGGGCAAUGACAAGCUGAGGUCGCGGGCGUCUCAGGUUCCCGGAGCCCAAGAUGAAGGCGAGAGAUCAUCUUGGCUUAGCGAGUGCUUUGCAUCUUGGCUAGCUGACAUUCAUGGAAACAGUCUCUCCCCAUCAUUCGAGAUUGGAUCACUCGCUUUCUUCCGCAGCCUUAACCAGGUUGCAUUCUUUGAUCAUCUCGACAAUGCGGGCGACUUUCAGUUUCAGCGAGUGGGCGAUGCACCACUGCACAGUCUAAGCGCCAGCAUGCUCCUGCCUCGGGAGAGCGUUUGGAACUUCCGCACCAAGGAAACCAAGCUCAGCUCUCAACACGACGGCGAGCACACUCAAGCUGAGCGCCAGUACAGUGAGAUGUGCAUGAAUAACUUUGACACCUCUAACUUGAACGGCAGUGCGAAGUCGAAGGGGGAUGCCUACGAGGCGAUGACGGCGCUACUCAAGGGUUGGGACUUGAUGGCCCAGGACGUGGGUGCGCAGAGCAAGAGCCCUAAGUUGAUUUCGGGUAACACUUGGAUGGGCAAAAUGAACGGGGGUGCUGGAUGCUCAUUUUUUUGGUUCUGGCGAAAGACACUAUCUGCAGAUCUAGGAUUUGGAUGGGAGGUCGAUUUGAGUUGCUUGCAUGACGGGAUGAAGGAUCAGGUAAAGAUCAAGGUCUAA